AUGGUGGGAAGAGGUCGGGAUAGGCGUGAACAGAGGGAGGGCAAGGGUGAGAUGGCGGAGGAGAGCGAGACGGCACGACCGAAGUCGUCACUUGCAAGGAAGGAGGCGACUCUGCUGAGAGGAGGGAUAGAAGGGUAUUCUCGGAGAGAGUGGGGGAAAUAUGAUGAGAUCUUUGGAUUUUUUCUUUUCCUUUUCUUAUCUUCUUCUUCUUUUACAUAUUCUUUUUAUGAACUCUGUUACUAUGCAGCAGGAGUUGCAGGUAACCUCUUUGCCUUUGUGUUGUUCUUGUCACCAAUACCCACAUACAAGAGGAUCAUUAGAAACAAGUCGACGGAGCAGUUCUCGGGUUUGCCCUAUGUGUACUCCCUGCUGAACUGCUUGAUCUGUAUGUGGUAUGGCCUCCCUUGCGUAUCCUAUGGUGUGAUCCUUGUCGCGACCGUUAAUUCGAUCGGCGCGGCUUUCCAGCUUGUCUAUGUGAGCCUCUUCAUUAUCUAUGCCGAUACAACGAGGAAGGUGAAGAUGUGCGGAUUGCUUAUAUUUGUCGUCUGUGUUUUUGCUCUCAUUAUAUACAUCAGCCUCGAAUUAUUGGAUCAUGCGACACGGCAAAUCUUUGUAGGAUAUUUAAGCAUCAUUUCUCUCAUAUCCAUGUUCGCAUCCCCCUUAUCUAUCAUUAAUUUGGUGAUUAAGACGAAGAGCGUAGAGUUCAUGCCUUUCUAUUUGUCCCUGGCGACGUUCUUGAUGAGCGUCUCGUUCUUCGCCUAUGGAAUGCUGUUACACGACUUCUUCAUAUAUAUUCCAAAUGGGAUCGGAACCGUCUUGGGUGUUGCACAAUUGUUGCUAUAUGCCUACUAUGGCAGGAAAUCGAGAGAGGAGUCUCGGCUACCGCUGCUACGAUGAAUCUCUCUCUCUCUCUCUCUCUCUCUCUCUCUCUAUAUAUAUAUAUAUAUACAUAUAUAUAUAUAUAUAUACACACACUGUAUUCUUUAAUAAGGUUGAAUGUGUGAAUCAUUGUUUUAUAAUAUUUGCGUGAUUUUUUUUUUCUUUUUACCUUUUUGUUGGCUUUUGUUCUUUUGUGUUGAUAGUUUUGAUACAGUAAACUUUUGCCAAAAUCAAUAUGUUGGCGAUGUAUUUCGUUUGUUAGAGUAUGAAAUUUUUAGGUGUAUGUUUAUUUCUUCUUUUUUUUUUCAUUGUCCUUUUCAUUUUUAGAGUGAUAUUUUGCUUCUAUUUAUGAAAUGAGAUGUAAAUAAACAAAGCACUACUACUUUUUAAGGCUCUUGUCGAGUUUCAUGUAUCGUA